AACAGAGACAGAAACAGAAGGAAAAAGAAGAUGUGUGCUAAUUUGUUAGAGGGCUCUAUUGUUGUUCAUUUGGUUUUAGUAUGUCAGACUGUUCAUGUAUCCCAAUUUGUUAGUUAUUUUGUGUAUGUGACUUGAGGGUCACUUUGUGUAUGUGACUUGAGGGACACUCGUUCUGCAUCUGGAUGCUUGUGUUUCUUCGCUUUAUGGAUAUGACUUUGUUUUUUUUGGGGAAAACUGGACAGGAUACAGGACUACAUAUGGGCUACAACCUGAUAUGAAAUGGUCUGGAAAGCCUUAUAUUUGCUGUUUUCGGUGAUACAUCUUUAAAUCAAGUCAUUAACUAAACCAUAAGACGCUGGAAGAAAGAACGUGAGGAAGACGUGCCAGCGUUCUCAGUACGAGCCAAACAUCAAAGUACCUUAUGGAUUCCCAUCACGGCACCUAUUUCCCUACCCGUUCAGUGCUGUUCCGGCAGGAAGCGAAUGGAGUGACGUAUCGCAUACCUGCUCUGAUCUUCUUGAAGCACUCUUCGUGCUUCCUGGCCUUCUGUGAGGAGAGAUUCAGUCCUGCAGAUUCCCAGGCUCAUCUGCUCGUCAUGCGCAAGGGCGUGUUCUACAGGAACUACGUAGAGUGGCAAGACAUGCGAGUCGUUAGCACGGCCUUUCUGAAAGGCCACCGUUCAAUGAACCCGUGUCCCGUGUACGACUCCUUCACCGGGACGCUCUUUCUCUUCUUCAUUGCCGUGCUUGGUCACACCACAGAGGGGUACCAACUGAAGACAGGCCACAAUGUCACUAGGCUAUGCUACGUGUACAGUCAGGACAAUGGGGAGACCUGGAGUCCUGCCACUGACCUCACUAAGAAGGUCAUAGGUAACACAAUUAAAGCAUGGGCUACCUUCGCUCUCGGACCAGGCCAUGCGAUACAGUUAAAGUCUGGCCGUCUGCUUAUCCCAGCCUACACCUACUACAUUGACUGCAGGCAGUGCUUCGGAAAGCUGUGUAAAACCACUCCCCAUGCCUUCUGCUUCUACAGUGACACACAUGGCAAGACUUGGCAUUUUGGUGAAUUGGUGCCAGAACCUGAAUGUGUUGAGUGUCAGCUGGUCUCGGUGGACGAAGAGGACGGGACCAACGUGCUCUACCUUAACGGCCGCAGUACCCUUGGAUCCCGCGUUCAGGCCCUCAGUUUUGAUGACGGCAUCGUUUUCAAAAGAGGACAACUCGUGCACAAGCUUGUGGAGCCUAGAAAUGGCUGUCAUGGGAGUGUAAUUGGAUUUCCAGCUCCUUUUAACCUCCUCCAGAAGUCCAGACUGGGUAACGUCCAUUCACCUACUGCAGCAAGCGCAUCUGAGAAUUUUUUACCACCAACCUGGGUGGUAUAUGGACAUCCAACCUGGCCCAAUGCUCGACGGGAUCUUGGCUUGUACCUUAACGUGCGGCCACGUGACCCGGACAGCUGGACAGAACCGUGGGUCAUCUACGAGGGUCCGAGUGGAUACUCAGACCUGGCUUACGUAGAGGUGGCAUCUACAGACAAACCACCAGUUCCUGUUUUUGCCUGUUUGUUUGAAAAUGGCACAAGCACAGCAUAUGAUGAGAUUUCAUUUUGCACAUUUACACUGUUUGAGCUUAUUAAUAACCUCCCACCAUAUCUGAGUAGUGUAAAAACGGCAGAGAAGAAAAAAAAAAGAAGGAAGAAGAAGAAAAUGAGUCAGUUUUGUAGAGUGUGUUAGCAGAAUAUAAUCAAACUAGAAAUUCUAUUUUUUUCCUGCAUUAAGAAAAGAAACAAAAAUCUAUUGAACCUACAGAGUAGAAUUUUAUGGACAAUUGACGAGCUCCAUCACUAAUGUUCUUAUAUAUGUCUGUAUGGUGAUAAUUAUCAUCGUAAAGCAUAUAAACUUUUGGAGAUUUUGGAAUUGAUGGACUAGAUCUAUAAAAUAGAUUUUGGAUUUGAUCCAAACACUGAAAUUAAAAUUUUCUUCAAGAACUUAA